CGCACCCCUCCACCUUGCAGCGCGCGCUCAGUAGCACUCUGCACCUUCUUCGUCCAGCUCCAGGUUGUUUCCCCUGUGUUUGAACCCGAUGGAGGACGGAUUCUCCCGCGGACUGUGGCUCCUCGUCUUCCUCUCAGGAUGUGCGGCGUUCAACCUGGACACCGACCGCGUCCUGCGGAAGAGCGGGGACCCGGGCAGCCUGUUCGGCUUCUCCCUCGCCAUGCACCGGCAGCUGGUUCCGGAGGACAAGAGAAUGCUGCUGGUUGGGGCCCCGAGAGCUAAAGCCACAAAAGGUCAAAAAUCCAAGGUCACGGGAGGCCUGUACCGCUGCGACAUGAGCUCCACCUCAAGUGGAUGUGACCGAGUCCUGUUCGAUGACGACGAGAAUUUAAAGAAAGAAAGCAAAGAGAACCAGUGGAUGGGAGUGAGAGUCCAAAGUCAGGGCCCCGGUGGCAAGAUUGUGACGUGUGCCCAUCGCUACCAGCAGCGCAACAACGUGGGCACACUCCUCGAGUCCCGCGACAUCACAGGCCGCUGCUAUGUGCUGAGUCAGGACUUGAAAAUAAACCCUGGGGCCGGAGAAGACGGAGGCAACUGGUACUUCUGCGCCAACCGGCUCCGAGGCCACGAGUUGUUCGGCUCCUGCCAGCAGGGUCUCUCUGCCACCUUCGACAAGGACUACCACUACCUGAUCUUCGGGGCUCCUGGAGUGUAUAACUGGAGAGGCGGAGUGCGCUUGGAACAAAAGAACAACACCUUUCUGGACAUGGACAUCUUCGACGAUGGUCCUUUUGAGACGGGAGAUGAGGAUGAAAAGAACCCUGAACUGGUACCCGCCCCUGCCAACAGUUACCUGGGCUUCUCUCUCGACUCUGGGAUGAGCUUGACCAAAAAGGGCCAGCUGACUGUGGUGGCGGGCGCCCCCAGAGCAAACCACAGCGGGGCAGUGGUGCUGCUCAAGAAAGGGCCCAGCUCGCGCAAAAUCCUGCUGCAAGAGUACACCCUGGAGGGGGAAGGCCUGGCCUCCUCGUUCGGCUACGACCUGACGGUGCUGGAUCUCAACGGUGACGGUUGGCAGGACAUCGUGGUGGGGGCGCCCCAGUACUUCGAGAAGGACGGAGAAAUAGGCGGCGCCGUCUACGUCUACGUCAACAACGCAGGGAACUGGAACAAGGCGACACGCACCAGAAUCGACGGGGAGAAGGACUCCAUGUUCGGCCUUGCAGUGGAAAACCUGGGGGACACCAACCUGGAUGGUUAUGAUGACUUUGCAGUGGGAUCCCCUUAUUCCAACGACGGCACAGGGAAAGUCUUCAUCUACCACGGCUCUGCCAAAGGACUCCACUCCAAAGAAGCUGUACAGGUUCUGGACAGCCUGACCUUGAGCGUGAGGCUGUUUGGCUACUCCUUAGCAGGCAACAUGGACCUAGACAGGAACUCGUACCCCGACCUGGCCGUGGGCUCCCUCUCUGACUCCGUCUUUGUGUACAAAGCUCGUCCCAUUAUAAACAUCGAGAAGGAAAUCGCGUUCUCACCAAAGGAAAUUGACCUCAGCAAUAAGAACUGUGGCAAAAGUUUCUGCUUGGAGGUUAUAGUUUGCUUCCGUUACACUACCGCCCUCAAGACCUACACUCCCAGACUGAGCGUGCAGUACUCCCUAGCGGCCGACGCCGACCACCGGAAAAAAGGCCUCACGUCCCGGGUGACCUUCACUGACUCCUCAGAUAACAGCUUCGAAUCCAAAGGGACCAUCGAGUUGAGCGGCCCGGGCACGAACCAGUGUGUCACACGUAAAAUCUCCAUCCAGGACAACAUUCGAGACAAGCUGAGCGGGAUCCCCAUCGACGUGUCUGUGGAGAUCCAGAACUCCAACCGCAAACGCAGGCAGAGCUCGGCCUCUCAGCCGCCACCUGUGCUGGACGCCAGCGUCCCGGCGACGACCCGGUCAGAGGUCAAUUUCUUGAAGUUGGGCUGUGGCAGCGACAAAGUGUGUCAGAGCAACCUGGCCGUGCAGUACCUCUACUACCGCACGGCGGCCAGCCUGGACAAGUUCACUAAAUUGGAGCUAGAAAACGGCGUGCCAGUGAUCUCGCUCAGCGUCCAGAAGGACAUCGCCCUGGAGGUCAAGGUCACCAACGCCAACGGGGACGACGCGUACGAGGCCUUCCUCACUGCGACCUUCCCACCCUCGCUCACAUACUCGAGCUUCAUUCAUUCAUCUGGUACGCCGGUGAACUGCAAAGCCAACGAAGAUGGUUCUAAGACAGACUGUGACCUUGGGAACCCCUUCAAACGUGACUCAGAGACGACUUUCUACAUUAUACUGAGCACAUCAGGCAUUUCUCUGAACAUCACUGAACUGGAGAUUGACCUUCAGCUGAAGACAACGAGUGACCAAGCAAAGAUAGCUCCUGUUAAAGCAAAGGCAACGGUGGCCAUUGUGCUGCAAUUGUCUGUAUCGGGACAAGCGCAGCCGUCUCAGGUGUACUUUUCAGGGAACGUCAUAGGUGAAGCAGCCAUGAAGUCUGAAAGUGAUGUAGGCAGUGCCAUCACUCAUCAGUUCAGAAUAAUCAAUCUGGGAACUCAGUUGAAAGACUUUGGCACUGCCUCGCUCUACAUUAACUGGCCGAAGGAGACAAACAAGGGAAAGUGGCUGCUCUAUUUGACCAAGAUAAGCUCCACAGGACUGGACAACAUAGUUUGCACUCCCCAAGAAGAGAUCAACCCGCUUAACCUGGACCUGUCUAACAGCAGGAAGAGAAGAGCAGCAGAAAACAAACAGAAACGUGAAGGCACCCUUUCACGGUUUCUUGACAGAAAGAAAUCAGACGUUCUGUCCUGCGACAGUGGGGCAAAAUGUGUGCAGAUAAAGUGCCCCCUGCAGGGCCUGGGCAGCAAUGCAAUCAUCAUGUUCCACUCCCGCCUGUGGGACGCCACCUUCCAGGAGGAUUAUUCCAAGCUUCAUCAUGUGGAUGUGAGAGUUGAUGCCACUCUGCAGCUGGAUGGUACAACAAGGACCACGAUGCUGGAACAGGCUCAGACACAGGUGGCGCUGACCGUGUUCCCAGAGAGGCAGAACUCGGCCCAGUAUGGAGGAGUGGCGUGGUGGAUCAUCGUGCUGUCCAUCCUGUUCUUGUUGCUGUUGUUGGGUCUGUUGGCUUUCCUUCUGUGGCAGUGCGGAGUCUUUGGGAAAAAGAAAAAAGCGGACCCGUCAGAAAAAGUGACACUGACGUCAGAUGCAUAAAAAAGAGCGAGAGGUGUGGCUUUUUGAAUCGUGCCAAAUAUGAAGCCAAGGUUCCCAGUUACAGCGCGGUUCGGAUCAAAAGAGAGGAGAGAGAAACGAGCCCUCGCAAUGGUGACUGGGAAGACCCGGAAAAGAAAGCCUGGAUGACAACCUGGCAUCAACCUGAACAUUUUUCUUGAACAAAAACCAACUAAAUCUGACUAUAUUCACAUUUGCGUCUGAAAACUCCCAAAUUUUACAGAUUUCUACCUUCCUGUGUUUCCUUUACAUCCCUGCACAGUGUAGAUUGUAAAUAUCUACAAGGAAAUCUUUGAAAAAAAACUUGGGAUACUAACUGAUCAAACAUUCUGCUUCAGGGUUAGGGUUAUCCUGGAAAACGUCUGUAUGAACCACUGGAGGAAGAGCUGCAUUAGGGUCCUGCACUACUGUCUGUCACAAGCUUAUGUUGUACAUGUCCUACAUUGACGGUGUUGACUGGAGGGUGGGUGGGAAGGUUUUUGUACAUUUUUUUAAAUGUUUUGCAGAUUUGUAUUUAUUCUUUUUGAGGAGAAUUAUCUGUUACGUGCUCUACAGGCCAAAGAGUCAUGCAAUGCAUCAUAAGAACAAAGUGUUUAUUUCCAUAGUAAAAAAAAAAAAGAACAGUUUUUAAUUACUUCUACUUUGCAUCUGCCCAAAGACCGUUUUUUUAAACUACUAUGCACAUUAUUUUCUGCAAAGUGCCUUGUCUCAGGUUGCACAGGUUAUAAAAUGUACAGUAAGAACCAAUAAAAGGUUUGUUAGUG